AUGUUUAGACCACUAGCAUUGAAGCCUUCCUGCCGUGCCAUAAACAGAAUACCAGUUUGCAGGUUUUCGACGGGACUCAUUGCACAGAAACCCACAUUGGCUUUAACUUCUGGUUCGAUCCAAGGCACACAGUCCAGAAGGAUUCAGACUCCCAAGACCAAAGACGCCACCAAAUGGUACCUACUGUCUGAGAUCUUUAGAGGCCUUUAUAUCACUUUGGAAAUGUACUUUCGUGCCCCAUAUACAAUCUACUACCCUUUUGAAAAAGGUCCAGUUUCUCCCCGUUUCAGAGGAGAACACGCUUUGAGAAGAUAUCCAUCCGGAGAAGAACGUUGCAUUGCCUGUAAGUUAUGCGAAGCAGUUUGUCCUGCUCAGGCUAUCACCAUCGAAGCCGAAGAACGUAUUGACGGUUCCCGAAGAACUUACAAGUACGACAUUGACAUGACCAAGUGUAUCUACUGCGGUUAUUGUCAGGAAAGUUGUCCAGUUGAUGCCAUUGUUGAAACCCCUAACGUUGAGUAUGCCACCGAAACUAGAGAGGAGCUGUUGUAUAACAAGGAAAAAUUGCUUGCUAAUGGUGACAAAUGGGAACAGGAAAUCCAGUACGCUUUAGAUGCCGAUGCUCCAUACAGGUGA